GUGUUGAAAACAUUUCCUAACGCCAAAAAAUACUUGAAAACUCUUGUAAGCUUUGGAAAGGUUACUUUCGAACAGAAGGAAGUGGCUGGAAAUUUUGGUGCCAAAAUAUAUUCUUGGAAUGACUUUUUGCUUCUGGGAUUGAACAAGCAAGUUGAUAUUCCAACAAAGAAGAAGACAGAUAUCUGCACAAUAAUGUACACAAGUGGAACGACAGGUGAUCCAAAAGGAGUAAUGAUUUCCAAUGAGAGUGUCCUUUCUAUCGUUUCUGGAGUGAAUCACCAUCUAGAGAGCAUAAACGAAGAGUUUAGUGAGACGGAUGUAUAUUUGUCCUAUCUCCCUUUAGCUCAUAUAUUUGAUCGAGUCAUCGAGGAACUCUUUAUCUCUAAAGGUGCCUCAAUCGGAUUUUGGCAUAAGGACAUUAAACAGUUGAUUGACGACAUCAAAGAGUUAAAACCAACUGUACUGUGUGCUGUUCCUCGUGUGUUGGACAGAAUAUAUUCAGGUUUAGUAGAAAAGAUUUCUUCGUCAGGGGUCAUCAAACAUGCACUGUUCAACCUUGCUUAUUCCUACAAAUUGCGAAACAUGAGUAAAGGCUAUAAGCAUGUGGAAGCAGCUCCAGUAUUCGACAAGAUUGUUUUUAGCAAGGUGAAAGAAGGUCUAGGAGGGAAAUUACGUCUUUUCCUUUCUGGAGCAGCACCUCUUUCGUCCAAUGUGGAAACAUUUUUACGGGUUGUGACAUGUGCUCAUGUUCUUCAAGGAUAUGGUCUAACGGAAACCUGUGCUGGAUCAUUUGUAGCACGACCAGAUGAAAUGUCCAUGGUUGGUACAGUUGGCCAGCCAUUGCCAGUUGUAGACGUGUGCCUGGAAUCGGUUCCUGAAAUGGGGUACGAUGCCGUUGCAAGUACUCCUCGCGGAGAAAUAUGUAUUAGGGGGAAGUGCUUGUUCACAGGAUACUACAAGCGGGAAGAUCUCACCAAAGAGGUUCUUGUUGAUGGAUGGUUCCAUACUGGGGAUGUUGGUGAAUGGCAAUCCGAUGGGAGUUUGAAGAUAAUUGAUCGCAAGAAAAACAUUUUCAAGCUUUCCCAAGGAGAAUACAUAUCCGUUGAGAAUCUAGAGAGCAUUUACUCUCUUGCAUAUAAUAUUGAUGCGAUUUGGGUCUAUGGCAAUAGUUAUGAGUCAUUUCUUGUUGCUGUUGUCAACCCAAGUGUGGAAGCUCUUGAACAUUGGGCUGAAGCUAAUGGAAUUGCAGGAGAUUUCAAUAGCUUAUGUGAAAAUCCAAAAGCAAAAGCAUAUAUUCUUGGAGAACUGAACAAGAUCGGAAAAGAAAAGAAGUUGAAGGGAUUUGAGUUUGUCAAAGAUGUCCACCUUGACCCGAUACCAUUUGACAUGGAACGUGAUCUUUUGACACCGACGUACAAGAAGAAGAGAGCCCAAUUUUUCAAAUAUUACAAGGUUAGUGUUACACCACUUCAUCGAAAAGAUUAAAUUGUUACACAGAGAACACAUUUAUUUAUUUAAUUUGAUCUUCACAACACUAGUUCGUUUCCAAAACAAAAUCCUUUUUCUUCAAAUGUCUAACAUGUACAAUUUUUUCAUAAAUAGAUAACAAUAAUCGAAUCCAAAAUCUCCGUCUUGUGGGAUACUAGAAAUAUUUGGUAUAAUUGUAGCAAAAUGUCUAUGGCUGACUUUUGAUGAAUGUCGAACUGCAGAAUGUCAUUGAAGAUAUGUACAAGACCAGCAAAUAAGCAAUCUGACGGCAUUAAAUCCAUCACUUCAUCAGAAGAACUACUCACUUUGUUGUAGUCACCAGCUAAAUAUUCGAUGUACUGAUUUAUCACUGUAAUUUCAUUAUUUUCAUUACAUUUUUCUCCUCUCUUAUGUUUAGGCUUGUACUCUUCGGUAUUUUUAUGGCAUAACCUCAAGCAACAUUAUGUCCUCCUACACAUAAAGCUCAGGACAGCCUUCUGUUCCAGUGUUCCUGGGUUAAGUUCAAAGUAUGAAGCCAGAAGUUUAUCGAUUUGUGACCAAAAAAAAAAAA